UUCUUAGGUAAACUGAAUUAGCGCUAUGAAUAUUUCUUGUCCUCUCGAACACACUUAAGACACUUGUAAACUUCGAAAGGAACUCAAAAGUUCAUUGAUUCAAUCAUCAUACCCAAUCAGUGAGGACAUGGAGAGAAAUGGAGAGGGGGCACCGGGAGCGUCAUCGUCAUCGUCGUCUUCUCAGAUCACCAGACCUAGAAGAAGUGUGGACCCUUUGCUUGUGACUUGCAGGUUUUUCAGUGUUAUAACAGCUCUCACUGCUAUUCUCUGUAUAGUUUCCAAUGUUAUCUCUGCAAUUCGGUCCUUUAAGAACCAAUCCGAUAUAUUCGAUGGUAUAUUUCGGUGUUAUGCAGUUGUGAUCACAUUCUUCGUGGUUCUUGCUGAGACGGAAUGGGAAUUUAUUUUCAAGAACUGGAAGGUAUUAGAAUAUUGGGCUGGCCGGGGCAUGCUGCAAAUCUUUGUUGCAGUCAUGACAAGAGCUUUCCCGGUGUAUUCUGUAGAGCAGAGAGAGCUUAUUCUUCUUCAAGAUGCUGCAAGUUAUCUUCUCCUUGCCUGUGGUGCAGUCUAUGUUGUAUCGGGGAUACUGUGCAUUGGGUUUCUCAAACGAGCUCGUGAAAAGAAAGAAACUGCAAAGGACAAGGUGGUCAAAGAUCUUCAGGAGUUGGAGAGACAAAAGCAAGAACUUGAACAGUUGCUCAUUUCAGAAACUGUUUGAAACAAUUUAAAAACGUCCCUAUGCACAAGAAUUUUAUUGCUCCUGAUUCUCACUUCGCUGCUGGGAUUGUAUGAGCAUUUGUGCUGCUUUGUUUUUUUACUCUACUGUAAUUGUCCCCUUGCUAAAGUGAGUUUGACUCAAUGGUAUUGAUAUGAUCUUUAUCACUUGAGGUUUGUAUCACAGUUAUUGUACUAAAAAUCCAUAAUUGUCCCUCUACUCAUGUAAAUUAUGUCUAACUUAAUAAUUUGUCCCUGCAGUAAUUAUGUAAAUCCGUUAUGAUUGUAUUAGACAA